AUGUCUACGGCUGAAAAAUUGGAGGAGCUUGUGGCCCGAUUUUGGUCCUGUGAGGAGGUUGGGACAAGCAAAGGGUUUUCACCGGAGGAGACACGGUGCGAGUUGUUUUAUGCAAAUACGGUACGGCGAGAGACAGAUGGGCGGUUUACUGUUUCGCUACCGAGAAAUGGAGACGUUUUGGCGCAGUUAGGCGAGUCGAGGGACAUCGCUUUGCGACGGCUUCAUGGGACCGAACGACGGUUAGCCAGGGAUGACGGAUUACGGGAACAGUAUAUCGCGUUUAUGUCGGAGUAUCAGCAGCUUGGACACAUGCGGAAGGUAGUUGGUGAGGAAAUUAAUCCAUGUCAGCGUUGUUACCUGCCACAUCACCCAGUCAUCAAGGAGGCAAGCACAACGACUAUGGUUAGGGUGGUGUUCGAUGCCUCCUGCAAAACGAAAUCCGGAAAAUCAUUAAAUGAUUGCCUCUUGGUGGGCCCAAUAAUACAGGAUGACUUGAGGUCCAUUAUUCUACGUUGUCGAAUCAAGCAAAUCAUGCUGGUUGCGGACGUGGAAAAGAUGUUCCGCCAAAUCAAUGUACACCAAGAAGAUCGGUCACUACAAUGCAUCCUUUGGCGCGAAUCACCGUCCGAAGAGGUAUCAGUCUACGAACUAAACACGGUGACGUAUGGAACCAAAUCAGCUCCGUUUCUUGCCACGAGAACGCUGAAACAGCUAGCAAUGGAGGAGGAACAACGAUUUCCCAUCGCAGCAAGAGCCGCUAGCGAGGACACGUAUAUGGAUGACGUGUUAACAGGUACUGAUGACGUUGAAGAAGCGUUGCGACUGAGAUUCGAACUGGAAAAGAAGAUGGAAAGUGGAGGUUUUCGAUUGAGAAAGUGGGCGUCAAAUCACCCAGAUGUUCUAAGAGAUGUUCCUGAGAGUUACUUGGCAAUUCCCGACUCAACGGGCAUAGUUUUGGACGCUUAUCCUUCUGUGAAGACAUUGGGUCUAAUAUGGAUACCUAAAAAGGAUGUUUUCAAAUUUCAUUUCACUAUACCUCCGGUGGAACAUAGCGAGGUUCUUACGAAACGGCUUAUUUUAUCCCGAAUUGCUACUCUUUUUGACCCAGAAGGGGAUAUUGGUCCAGUAAUUACAACUGCCAAAAUAUGUAUGCAAUCCUUAUGGACAUUGACCGAUCAAGGUGGAAAUCGGUUGGACUGGGAUCAGCCACUGCCUCCCACAGUGUGCGAAAACUGGAAAAAAUAUCAACAACAACUCCCUUUGCUGAACGACAUUGAAUUCGAUCGAUGUGUUGUCAUACCAAAUGCAGUGGAUUUCCAAAUUCACUGCUUUUCUGAUGCGUCGCAGAAGGCAUAUGGUGCCUGCAUUUAUUUGCGUAGUCGAGAUGAGGAAAACAACGCUCUAAUACGUUUGUUGACUUCUAGGUCCAAGGUUGCCCCUCUCAGAGUGCAGACAAUCCCCAGACUCGAGCUUUGCGGUGUACUUUUCGGUAUUGAGCUCUUCAAAAGGGUACAGCAUGCACUCAAAAUACAAGCAGACGCAUUCUUUUGGACAGACUCUACCUGCGUCCUCCGAUGGCUUCAAUCACCUCCGGCAACAUGGGUUACAUUCAUUGCAAAUCGGGUUUCCAAGAUACAGUUGGCUACAGAAGAUUUUCACUGGCGACACGUUCCCGGGAUCGACAACCCCGCUGACUUAAUAUCCAGGGGACUCAUGCCUAGCGAGAUUCGCGACAACAGCUUAUGGUGGAAAGGUCCAAGCUGGUUGGCUAUGGACCAAGAAAAUUGGCCAUCCCUACCGAAUCAUAUGCCAGACGAUGAAGGGAGAGAGGAAAUGUAG